AUGGCGGGCUCCAGGGUGAAGCAUUCCGAGCUCAGGCAAGCCGUGCGCGACCUGCAGAACAGAGGCCUCCUUCACUCCGCCAGGUGGGCGGCGGAGCAAUUGUACGGACUCGAGGACGAAGUCCCGGGCGCGAGGGAGGACGAGGACGACGCGACCCCGGCGGCCGCGCCCGCGACGCCCGCGACCCCGUUCGCGAACGACGACGCCUCGGACGACGAGAUGGACCUCGGCACCGAUGAGAAACCCGCGAAGCCGCCAGCGACGGCUCCACCCGCGGACGACGCACCCGAGUGGCGCGGACGCGGAGGCACGCCAGAGGCCGCGGGCGACGACUUCAUCCUCGCCAAGGCGUACUUCGAUCUCGGCGAGUACCGCCGUGCGUCGCACCAGGUGACGGAGAACCGAUCGUCCCUCGGAAAGUUUCUGCGCUACUACUCCCUCUACCUCGCGGGGGAGAAGCGCAAGAACGAGGAGAUGCUGGAACUGGAGACGUUAUCGUUCGACUUGGAACUCAUCCUCAAGGACGACGCCCCGGCGAACGCGGAGUGCCGCAACGACCCGUUCCUGCACUAUCUCUUGGGUCUGGUGCUGGUGGAGAGGGAGUCGCGGGAUAAGGCUAAGGUUUCGCUGUGCGCGGCGUGCCGCGGGUACCCGUGCAACUGGGGCGCGUGGGAGGCGCUGAUGCCCCUCUGCGCGACAGUGGAGGAGGCGCAGGCGUUGCCCUUACCGGACCACUGGAUGCGCAAGUGGUUCAUCGCGGCGCUGCAACUCGAAUUACAGGAUAACCGCAAGGGCUUACAGGCGUACGCCUCGCUGGUGAUGGAUAUUCCCGCUUCGGCGAUUGGCGUCGUUCAGAUGGCGGUGGGCCACUACAACAUGCGCGAGUUUGACCGCGCGCAGAGCAUCUUCGAGGACGUGUACAAGGCGGACCCUUACAGGCUCGAGGGCAUGGACACGUACAGUAACAUCCUAUACGUGAAAGAGGCGACCGCGAAGCUGUCUUAUCUGGCGCACUGCGCGGUGUUGACCGACAAGUACCGCCCCGAGACGUGCUGCAUCGUCGGCAACUACUACUCGCUGAAGGCGCAGCACGAGAAGGCGGUGGUCUACUUCUCCAGGGCACUCCGGCUGAACUGGAAGUACCUCAGCGCGUGGACGCUCAUGGGGCACGAGUACGUGGAGAUGAAGAAUCCCGCAGCGGCGAUCGACGCGUAUAGGCACGCGGUGGACAUUAACCCCCGCGACUACCGAGCUUGGUACGGCCUCGGCCAAACCUACGAGAUUCUCACCAUGCCCUACUACGCCCUGUAUUACUACCAACGCGCGACGCGGCUGCGGCCCAAGGACCCGAGGAUGUGGUGCGCGAUGGGUCAGUGCUACGAGAGCGACCAGCUGCAGAUGACGGUGGCGGCGAUCAGGUGCUAUCAGAGAGCGCACCAGAACGGUGACCAGGAGGGCAUCGCGCUGGGCAAGCUUGCGAAGCUCCACCACGAGGCGAACAACGCCAAGGCUGCCGCGCACUACCACCGUUUAAACCUCGUGCGUCUGCUGGAGGAGGGCGCCGAUCAGCACGAAGACACGGUCAAGGCGCUGAGCUACCUCGCGGACUAUUACAAGAACACCAAGGACUACGGGAAGGCGGAGGCGUGCUGCAUGCGGUUGCUGGAUUACGCCGGGCCGGAAAAGCAGCUCGCAAAGGCGCUGCUGCGAGAGAUUCACGCCCUCCAGGAGGCUGCGGCGGAGCGUGCGGAGGACACGUCGAUGGCCGACGUUUAA